AACUUUUCGUCGUCUAUCGCGUAUCAAUUAACAGUGCUACUUAUCAAAUUUCGUAUCUAAGAGGGCGAAAGUUCAUCWCACGGUCGAGGAAUGACGAUUUUCUGAAGAGAUCACAUAGAAUAACAUUCAAUUCAUUAUUGCUUGAGUUAUCUGAUGGCUUUAUUUCAUAGGUCACAUCCUGGAUUCUGUUAUAUUGCUUAGCGAGGAAAACUUAUCAGCAUUCUUGCACAAGAAGCGAACAGACUUGAGAAUAAGCUAUUGUUUACCAUUUGACACUUAUAUAAUGGAAAGUGACUUACCAGUAGACUACACAGAAGCGAGCACGAUGGACGAGCGUGGAGGGGUGAUUUGGAACGUUACCAAAACCCAUCCAACUUUACCAGACUACAUAACUGUCCAGUUUGCUUGGUAUUCGUUCAUUUUCAUGCUUGGAGUSAUUGGGAAUUUAUAUAUCACUUUAGCAGUGACUURUCGUAAAGAAAUGGGCUCGACAACUAAUUACUUUAUUUUCAAUCUGGCUAUUUCUGACUUGGGGAUCUUAUUAGUGUCCUUGCCGGCCACGAUUAUCCGAGAUUACUUCUCAUGGUCUUUUGGUAAGAUUGCUUGCCAAGUUCUGAUCGCGCUAAAUGACGUYUUYUUCUCRGUUUCUAUAUGUACUAUUACUGUUAUUACGUUGGAACGUUAUCGAGCAAUUUCCAUGCCAUUUAAACCAAAGAUGAGCGUUAAGGGAGGCAAGUUGACUAUAGCUUUAAUAUGGCUAUUAUCCUAUCUGGUAAUUGGUUUUCCAAUGUCUUUCCAUAUGGAAGUACUCGACUUUGGUGAACGCCUUCUWUGCAUCCCCAAAUGGCCAUCAGAUGUGGUCUACAAGAUUCAGACUUGUUUUAUAGUGUCRUUAAUUGUUAUUCCAUUGUUCAUCACUGCUUAUUCGUACAUAGUUAUGAUAAGAACAAUGAGAAUGCAGAGUAAGCGACUUCAAGAACGCAGCAGCUUCCACAUGAGUUCACGUACGUCUUUUACAAGCAACACAAGCUUGAAGCAAGACCAGCAUCGCUACCGAUACAACGCUAAGCUCGUAAAGAUGUUGAUCGUCAUUGUUGCUGUUUUCUGGAUCUGUAUGUGCCCACUGACAAUUCUAGCGCUGAUUGUGGAAUUCUUCCCUGAAAUUCASGAUGGCAGCAAAGUGAUUGAUGGGUUGUAUGCGAUCUUUACAGCRUUGUUUUUUAGCAAUAGCGCUUUCAAUCCAGUUGCUAUAUACAUUAUGAGUUCGGAAUUGCGAAAACCUUUGAAUGCUUUGUUGUUUUACAAGUACAAGCGAUUGAACUGCCAAAAUGGAGUUCCAUAUUGAACAUUAUUAAGUCGUUAACACUAUACUAUCAUCGUAAUGACAAACACGUGUAUAUAGAGUUAUAAGUACCAUAUCUGUAAUAAUAUUUUAUCGCCUGAUGUAAUUAUAACAUGCAUUUAUUCUUUCAUUAGUA